AUGUAUCUAUUGUUUACCAGGAAGUACGGCAAGGACAUUCUUUGCAUAGAAGACGGGGGGCUCCUGGAUGACUUCCUGGUCUACAGCUCCGUGAUCUCUGUGGUGAUGUUCGUCCUGCCCUUCAUGCUGGUGAUGGUGUGCUACAGCCUGAUGUUGCGCAAGUUGCUGGAGCCCAGCUGGGAAUCAGGGGAGGGCCAGCAGGGACUCCGGGCGGCCCACCGCACCAAGCAGAAGGCGUUGAAGAUGAUCAUCAUCGUGCUGAUGACGUUCAUGUUCUGCUUCCUGCCCUUCCACAUCUCCAAGAGCCUGUACUUCUCCGUCAUAUCCCUAUAUGUUAACCACCGAGAGCAGAUGACCUGUGAACAGCUGGAUGCGUCCUACAUAGCCUACCAGGUGACCUGUUUGAUGCUCACUGCCAACAGCGUAAUGGACCCCAUCCUAUACUUCAUGGCUGGCCAAGACUUUUGUAAAACCAUGCAGAGGAAGAAACAGAAAAAAAACAGCAAAGGGCUUACAGAACGAUUUGAAUUAGGGCUGUCCAAUCAACGCUUUAAUUUCGAUUAAUUAAUCCUACAAAAAAUAACGGGUUCAGAAAAUUAACGCAGAUUAAUCGCGCUUCUACAGUGCCCUUUGACCCGGUGCGUCAUUUGCGUUGAAACAAAAUGGAGGCAGACGAGAAGACGCUGCUCGGCCCCUUGAACGGAAAAUUCAAGUUUAAACAACUCGGAUGUUUAUUGCGGGGGAGGAGCAAGGUACGUUUUAUUGCUCUGUUUUCUGGGAAUAAUUGACACAAGCAGAAACCAGAAAACAAGCAGUUUUUUCGUUUUGUCAAAAAAAAAAAAACGAAAAUCAAAAUUUAAAUUUGUUUAUACGUUUUUUCGUUCUUACUUAACAAAACGAAUUUACCACUCAAUAUCUGGUUUCCGUCGGUGGGCGGGUCCUCUUAUUGGCUAGUGUGCUUCGCUGCCCUGUGCUCUUCAAAAUAAAAGUUCUUCCGUUUGAUAAUGUCGACAAAAAUAUUACAGUAUUAUAGACACUAGCAGUCACAGAGGAACACACCACCCACAGUCAAGACUGACACGGCUUCAAAUAACAAUAAUUGUAUUCAUAAUCAUUUGAAAAUGAGAACUUAUGAAGUUAUGAUGACUUCAGUGCAGUCGAUGUUUAGCCACAGUUAAUACAUGCAGAGUAGACCUGAGGGCUUUACUACGACAUCAUUGUCUGGCUCUGGGGUCUCAUUUAUAACCGUUGCGUACGCACAAAAUGGGUCUGAAAGUGGCGUACGUGACUUUCCACGCCAAGGUUGUGAUCUAUAAAAAAACUUGACGGGAGAAUGUGCGCAGCCUUAAGCACAUUUUUUUCAACCUGUAUCAUGCGUUAAAUCUAUGUAAUCAGAAUAGUUUAAGGGUGCACUCACACUAGGCCAUCUGGCCGUGGCCGUUGGCCGUUUUCACACCUAACCGUGCUCAACUGGCCCCAUUGUUCUCUGGCCUGCACUCACACUCAGCCAUCUGGCCGUGGCCGUUGGCCGUCGCAACUGUGGCCUGGCCACGGUAGGCUCUUGUACAUACGUCAUCACGUCGUAACACAACAUCACCAAGCGUCCGCUGCAAGGACCAUAAUAAAGUCUGCCGCCAGUCAGAGUUUUAACAACAAUGGACAACAACACAGAGAACACAGUUCGCACUUUGCUGAGUCUGUUGCUUAUCGUCUGCCCAAAUGGCUAACAGACACUCGACUUCUCUAUGGGACCAACGUGAACCAACAGUUGAACCGCUUGACUCCAUGUUUACCAUUUAAUGGGAAAGAAGGCUUGUCGCCUUUAUUAUGUCCAUGGUCGUCGCAUGGACUAUACGUCAUCCAGCUCAGGUUGCGUAGCCGUGCGUGUGCGUGUGUCGGCUCAUUUACAUCUGUACCUUGGCGGCCCGGACCGUAGCAGCACACCUCUCCCAAGUGGCCAAGUUGGCCUGGCCUGGCCAGACUGGCCACACUCACACUGGCAGAUUUGAGAACGGUUAGGUGUGAAAACGGCCACGGCCACGGCCACUGCCAGAUGGCCUAGUGUGAGUGCACCCUAAGUCAACUGCGUUAUUUCUCAGUUAUAACUCCAGAAACAUCUCCUUAGAAUCUCUAUAUUUAAUCCCGUCACUCCAUACUGUCCACUGACGGCACGACUCCAUGGAAUAAAACAUCUGUCCAACAUGUGUCAAUAACAUAAUUUUUUUAUGUGACACUGUAAACACUAAUCAAAUCAAAUGUCAAUUAAAAGUGUGGAAAACCAAGCCACAUACUCAUCACAAUCGUUAAUAUUAUUGUCCGUUCCUCUUGAUGCUUUUCAUGACAAAUCAGGCAUUAAAAAGGGGUUAUGAGAACAUUUUACGUGGGUGAUUACAAACUGAUUAUCCAAGGUGUUCUUGGUCAGUCUUAUUACCGUAACCCUAUAAAUACAGCGGUGAGCCCUGUGCGUAAUGCUGCACCAUGGCACUGCUGGAGGACCAUACAGUUUGAUCAUUGACUGACUACAUGAAUAGUUGCACAGAGAAGAUUCUUAUAGAGGUCUUAUAGUCAAACGGUAUAGGGUACAUACAAAUUUGAUGUGUUUAGGCCAUUUAUGAGAUCUAGUUAACAUAAUUAAAAGUCAUUUCCAAACACAUUAAAGAAAAGAAAAAAACAAAAGCAAAGAGAUUUUGCAGCAGUAGCACCCUUUUACUUAAACAGAGUGGGAUAGGAAUCAGGUUAACAAAACAUCUAAGAACAUCUAAGCUGUCUAACACAUUACCAACGCAACAUUAAAACAUCACAAAACAUCACAAAAAAACCAGCUGGAAUACAAAGAGUUCGCUUUGUAUUCCAGCUGGCCUGUUAUGAGCACAUUUAUAUAGGCUACUAUUGAUCCAUUUCAAAACAUGUUCCAAGUAGGCUAUAGGACAACGCAUAAUGCAUCCUGGAAUGAGUGAAGCUUGCCUGCUGACGUGUUAAAAUGACUGUCACAACUGCCAUGAGCAAAGAGCCAAACCAUUUGUACAUAGUGUAGGCUACAGUAGCCUAUUCGAUAUUGAAUGAAGUAGGUUACUGUACACUCUUUGUCACUGUACAGAGUAGACGAUAUGAUUUGCUUGUACAGCACCUUUAAAAAUUCACUGUAGCCUAUAUUCAUAGGCACACCCAGCCUCGCUUUCGAUAUAACACACACUCGCAUUCUGUAAACACCAUCAGUAAAUAAUAAUAUGAAAACAAUAUAAAAUAUCUUUCAACAAGAAAAAAAUAUUUGUUUACUGUAAAAUGGAUAAAGGUCAACAGAUGCGCAAUUUUCAGCUGUCAGAAAUGUGUUGUGAUCACUUGUAUUCCUCAUAGCACUCAGGCUGUGAGGAAAUCAGC